CUGCUCCUCUUCAGUGUGCGGCUGAAGCAGUGGCGGAUGGCCCCUCUUUGGCAGGCAGAGGCAGAGAGGAAGCAGCUCUCUCCACUCCGGUGCGCCUUCUUCCAAACUGAUCGGCGCUUCCUCCUGGCACCUGAUCCAAGCGGUCGUUCUGCAGCUCACCUCCAGAACCGGUGCUGAGGAGUUGUAGAAAGCAGAGGAAGAAAAGGAGGCAAUGUUCACUCCACAGAUCAUGGUAACGGUGAGCUCAGCGUGCGUUUGAUUGUCUCGAGGACAGAAAUCUUCCCCUCUGGCCGAUACAAUCCCCUCGCUGUCCAAAUCAAAAAGCAACCAGCAGCUGACGCUCUCCUCUCCCACGCUGAGCACAAGAGCCAUGGCCUUCACCCUGUCAGAGAUCAUGGCAGCGAGGCGGCAGCAGUCCCAGGCUCAGUCCCACACCCAGAGAGGCGGCAGGGCGGCCGUGGAGGUGGACGAGUACAGCACCAAUCCCACUCAGGCCUUCACCUUCUACAACAUCAACCAGGGACGCUUCCAGCCACCUCAUGUUCACAUGGUGGACCCGAUGCCCCACGACACUCCCAAACCACCGGGUUACACGCGCUUUGUGUGCAUUUCUGACACUCAUUCCCGCACAGACGCCAUCCAGAUGCCGUACGGGGACGUGUUUAUCCAUGCUGGAGACUUCACUGAGCUCGGGCUACCCUCUGAGGUCAAAAAGUUCAAUGACUGGCUAGGUACCCUGCCGUACGACAUCAAGAUUGUUAUCGCUGGAAACCACGAGUUGACCUUCGAUCAAGAAUUCAUGGCAGAUCUCAUCAAACAGGACUUCUACUACUUCCCCUCAGCCUCCAAGUUGAAGCCUGAGAACUAUGAAAACGUCCAGUCGCUGCUCACCAACUGCAUCUACCUGCAGGACUCUGAGGUGACCGUGCGGGGCUUCAGGAUCUAUGGUUCUCCAUGGCAACCCUGGUACUACGGCUGGGGCUUCAACUUGCCGCGGGGUCAGGCUCUUCUGGACAAAUGGAACCAGAUUCCAGACAACACAGACAUCCUGCUCACACAUUGCCCCCCACUGGGCUUUCUGGACUGGGUUCCUAAAAAGAUGCAGCGCGUCGGAUGCAUGGAGCUGCUCAACACAGUUCAGAGGAGAGUCCAGCCCAAAUUACACGUGUUUGGACACAUUCAUGAAGGCUAUGGCAUGAUGACAGACGGCACCACAACGUUCAUCAAUGCCUCAGCCUGCACGGUCAACUUCCUGCCCAUGAACCCCCCCAUCGUCUUUGACCUUCCCAACCCCAGGACCACAUGACUAGAAAAAGCUGGAACCCAGACCCCGGCUGUCAGUCAAGAGAAAGGCGCCCAAAGAGGAAGUAGAGUUUGAGGAGCUGGACGGAUGGCGUUCUGUACAUAUAAUACAGGUCCGUGUUUCAUAGGGUGUGAUUUGUGAUGGAUGGAUGCUUCCUCAGGCUUUCACCAUCAUUUCAUGUGCCAUAACUACUUCUUCAUGUUAAAACGGAGCUUGAAAAGCAGAUGCGUGGACUCAUGGAAAGACGCAUUAACAUGCAGACGAUUUGUAACAUUUCUGCGUCCUCGCUGCAACUGACAAUCCGAUGCUGCUGUUGGAGACAAAAGAGACUUCAUUGUUACUUCAUUAAAAUUAACAGUAAACACGCCAACUCCUCAUCUAGACGAGAGCUUUUGGCUGAGCAGCUACGGAACGUUUGCCAAGAGGAUUUCACACCAUUCUUCCUACUUUUCAACUUUAAUUUCCCAUGUCUUUUCCAAUCCCCCUGCACAUACACAGACGUUACCCCUCUUCCCUUUUAUGCCUCCAUUUCCUCUCCUCUCCUAGGGGCCAAAGCAUGCUGGAAUGUGUUUUUUUUUUUCUUUUCUUUUUUCCCCUUUGGCAUGUUUGCACAUGCAAAACAUCAAAGGAAGAGUACAAGGGCAGUAAGAGGUCUCUGCCACGGGCUAAAAGUAUGUUGGGGUGUCAGAUGUGUCGACGCUGCUCUCUGGGGCUCGUUACAGCCUCAGGUGAGCCUCUUAACCAGCUGGAAGGCAGAAACAGGGUACUCUGUCCCACCCCAAUGUACCAGGGCUCUAUGUGUUCCUUACGCUCCUUCAUCCUCUCCAUCCUCAAUGCUGUGACUAGCCCCCAGUGUAUCUGUUACUGGAAGUUUCUGAGACGUGAA